AUGCCUAACCUGGCAAGGGAAUUUACUUCGGUGUCUCCAAGAACGGCGACGAUAAUCCGUGAUUCCCGUGCAGCAACAGAAGAAACGGUAAGCGAUGAAGAUGCGAUCAUCAACGAACAUCAUCCGUUACUGCCGCCCUCUGUUCGAAAUGCAACCGCUGAUUCAAUGAGGAGGUCACUGACAACGUUCCUCACCUCAAGUGAUACCACGUCAACAUUCUCAAAAUUAACGUCGUAUGCAGAAUGUCGUGGAGUUCGAGUGAUUGACGUUCCUGAUACAGGUGACACGUUGUCGUCAUCAGCGAACGUUUGUCCACGUCACUUGACGCUAUUCUCGUCGACAUGCGGAAAGUCUAUAAAGGAAACAUUUCUAUAA